UUGAAAACGUGUCUGAAGUCUUACAAUAGAAGCAAUAGAAUUGUUAAAAAACUAUAUGUGGAUUUCUGCAUUAAGGAUAAAUUAACCUGUUUGCAUAUGUAGAAAGGUUAUGAACUUUGUACAGCGAAUUUCAUGGAGAAAAAACGAUAAGUAAAUUAUUGCAAAGUAUGGCGCCUGAAAGAACGAAUGGAAUUAAUGUAAAUCAAUUAAAAAAUGUACCUAACAUCAUAACCAGUAUAUCAAAUGCACCAUCACCAUUUCCUUCUUCAACUACUCAAUCGUUAAAUCCUCCGCCAGUGCCUCCACGUCAACCAGUUCAAAAUUAUUCUGGAUUUAAUGACAACAGGCCAUUUGGAUCUAAUUAUUGUGGUGGAUAUGGAUUUGGUUAUAGUAAUCAAUAUAGAGGAUUUAAUGGAUAUGGGGGGUUUAGUUCGUAUGGUCCAUAUUCUAAUUACAACUAUGGGAUAAUUGGUGGACACAGUGGUGAUACAGAAAAUAGGUUUUUCCAGUAUGUUGAAGAAAGUACCAGACCAACUUUUCAAUUAAUAGAAACAAUUCUGCAAACAUUUUCAUCCAUGACAAUGCUCCUAGAAUCUACAUACUUUGCUUUAACAAAUUCAUUUAGAGCAAUAUUAAGCGUUGCAGAAAGUGUUGGAAAAUUACGCUCCACUAUAAAUCAGCUAUUUAGCACUUUUGCUUUGAUUAGAUUUUUAAAAUGGUUAUAUAGAAAAAUUAUAAAUACUAUUGGUUUUGAAAAUCAGAAUUCAAUAAAUGAAGAGUUAUGGGAUAAGUCAUUAGCAAAAGUUGGAAGUGAAAGUAUUCAUAAUUCUUCUUUUUGGUCUAGAUUUUUAAUAUUAAGUGUACUUUUUGUAGUACCUUAUAUGAUUCAUAAAAUUGCAGAUAGCAUUAAAAACAUGCAAAUGAAAGAGAAAGAUACAAAAGAAUGGCAUCAGAGUGAAGAACCAACAUAUAUUGCAACAGUGCUCUAUGAUUUUAUUGCAACCAAUAAUGAUGAACUCAGUGUUAAAGCUGGUCAAAAGGUUUACCUUGCACCUAGAUCUUUACAACCAAAAAAUUUGCCAGGAUGGUGUAAAGCUACUAAUAGUGUAAAUGUUGGUCUUAUUCCUUAUAAUUAUCUUAAAGUUAUAGGACAAUUGAAAAAAAUUAAGAAAAAUAACGAAAUAAUCCCACUAAAUGAAGAGAAACCUUCUACAAGUGAAAAUCCUAAUAAUAAUAAAAAAGACUCAGAAACUAUAAGAAGUGAAAAUGAAACUUAG